AUGACUGCGUUGUACCCUUGGGUCCCAUCAUCUAACGCGGCGUAUACACUUUUCCGUCGCGCGGUAAAUCGAUUUUCUCCACAGACACGUAACACAUAUCCACUGCCAGUUCUUGAUGGUCCGUUUCCAGUAGAGGUGCCGGAGUCUCUCGAACUACAUGGUGAGCGUCGGCAAAGUGAUCCGUUUAAAUACAUGGAGGAUCUAUUUGACAAACGCACACAAAGCUAUGUACGGAGUGAACAACGACACUUCGCACUUAUUGAUGCUAAAUUUGAUUUCAAACAUUCUAAAGCUCGUCUUUGGGCGGAGCUUGACGCAAAAGUAGUCAUCACAAGUCGAGAAGGUGGAUUUGAUAAGGGAGAAGAACGUAUUGGUGAGUAUGUAUACUUUACACGUGUUGUACCAGGAGGCGAUCCUAAUGCAAUUGGAUUUUAUCGAAAACGUUUUGGUGAAGUUGAUCUCUUAGCGGAAGAAUUAAUUAAUCCCACCGCAUUGCAACAACACUUUGGUUACGAGCAGUGUCAUGUGGGGAUUUGUCGCGUUUCCCAGGAUGGAAAGUAUUUGGCAUACACACUAUCUGUAGAAGGGGGUGAUCGGUAUAUUUGUCAUGUGCGUAGUAUUGAUAAUGCAAGUUUAUUUCAUGUAAUACGUGGACGUAAUAUUGUGAGUAUAGAAUUUGGGGCAGAUAACCAGUUUUACUAUACUGAAUCAAAUGAUCUUAAUCGACCAUAUACAGUGAUAUUACAAGAAAUACGCCCAGGAAUUCUACCUCCACCAGUAGAACUGUAUCGAGAUGAUGAUGAACAAUUCUUUGUUGAUAUCCACAAAACUAAGGAUAAUGCGUAUAUUAUUAUUACAUCAGACUCUAAAUUAAAAAGCAAUGCACUUGUACUUCCUGCUUCAUUUCCAAAAAUUCCACAUGAAUUACGAGAUUUUUUUCGUAAAAAUCGACCAGUGGAAGUCGCUAGCAAAGAAAAAUGGAGCUGGUUAGAAUAUUACAAGGGUCAUUUUAUUAUGGUGGUAGCAGAUCACGGGCCGAAUAAUCGUGUGGUGUACGCUAGAGAAGAGAUUGUUCUUAAAUAUGGGAAAAACACUGAGUGGAAGGAGCUUGUACCAUACCGAGAUGAUGUGCAAAUUGUAGAUAUUGAUCUUUUUCAAGACCGUAUUGUGUUAUUUGAAUCUCACUUUGCUUUUGAACGUAUCAACCACAUACGAAUUAUUAACUGUGAUAAAGGUCUUGAUGAAGCUGCCAGAAAUGCACGUAAUGAUGAUUUGGUGUUACAUUUUCCUCCACUAGCUUCUGUUACUCCUGGAUUGAAUAAAAAUUUCAAUCAACAAUCUAUGAGUUUUGUUUAUAGCAGUAUUUGUCAACCAAGUAAAGACUGUGUCUUUAAUUUUGAUAGCAAAAUGACGGCAAAAAAGAGUUUGAUGUGUGCUCCUGAUGCACUUUUUACACAACGUCAGUCAGAACAAUUUACUCCAUGGGAUUAUAUGUGGCCUUAUAGUAUUUAUCGUGACCUUUGUGUAUCAGAAGAUGGUACACAGAUUCCUAUUACUAUUUGUCAACGGCGUGAUGCCUUUAUACAAGAGGCGACAGAUUUUGAAGCUCAGCCCAACACUCCAAAGCAUUGCCUUAUUUACGUAUAUGGAUCAUAUGGGGAAGUCCCAUCUAUGCAUUUUCAGCUCGCACCGUAUAUGUGGUUAUUACGUCGUCGAUGGACUGUUGCCUUUGCUCAUGUACGUGGUGGUGGUGAACUUCCCAAUUGGGCGGAACAAGGUAAGGGUAAAAACAAAAUUAAUGCUGUUCAUGAUUUCAUCGCUUGCUGUGAACAUAUGGUUAAGAUGGGUUAUACUAAACCAGAACUUAUGGUGGCAGCAGGUAAUAGUGCGGGAUGUGUUCCUAUUGCUGCAGCGAUGAAUAUGCGUGGAUGUAGUCUCUUUGGUAACGCCCUACUUCGAUCACCCUUUUUAGAUGUUAUAAAUACCAUGGUAGAUCCUGAUUUACCACUUUCGCUAGCAGAACGGGAUGACUGGGGGGAUCCACUGCACUCUGCUGAGGAUCUCAAACGUCUUAUGCAGUACGACCCGUAUCAUAACAUCAAUGACCGGGUAACAUACCCGGCAAUGAUGAUUUCUGUGUGUCUUGAUGAUGAUCGUGUGCCACCGUGGAAUAGUCUAAAGUACGUGGCCAAAUUGCGGCAACAACGGCGGCGCAAAGGAGUAGAUCCCGUUGCCCGUCCGCUUAUUUUACGUGUACGUAGCAGCGGUGGUCACUAUUGCUGGGGUGAUACAGAAAAUAUUUGCGAGGAACUCUCAUUUCUCUGUUCGCAGUUGGAUCUUGAGGGACCUGGUAAAGUGUUAAACGACAUGGAUAUAAUGACGCACAUGCAUAACCUUACCGUUACAGGAGCAAUGGAUCAUGAUGACCAAGAAAAGAUAUUUCUGAAAUGGGAUAACUGGGAACGUGAGCGGAUUGAUUAUCAUGUAAAAUUGCACGCUUUCAACUGGGAACCUAAUUUCCGCAAACUUAAGGCAGAGAAGGAACCGUUUUUCUGGGUUCCAACUGACCAGGAAUUGGAGCAGCGUAAAGUUGAUGAAAUGUUCCGUGCUAGGGAACGCGACACGCGUGAAAGAGAAAAAAGUGAGGCCAAAACAGGUAGUACAGGACGUCCUUCUGGCAGUAACAAAUGGGAGGAGGAGGAGGAGGAGAAGGAGAAAAAACAGGGAACACAAGAGUGA